GAAGGCAAAAAGAAGAGAAGUGUACGAAGAGCAAAUCCAAAGGUCGAAGUUUAAGAGGUAAGGGAUAAAAACCAACAUUUAUUAACCAUUGGAUCGAUCAAAUUGGUCACUCCUCUCGGAGUGCAGCUUCUCCGCCAUCUUCAAGCGCCAAACCCUCGAAUUUCGCAACCCCAAAGAGACUAAGAAUCUGUGUCGAUUCGAAGGGGGGGAGACCUGCUUCCUUCUGCGCUUGUCGAGUCGCUUAAGCUGUGGGAAUUUCGAGUUUUCGCGCCUUAUCGUGGACUUGCGCGUUUCUCCAUCUCGUUUCCUUCUAGACCACGAAGGCAUGGUGAUGGAUGUUCGGUUUAGUUCUUGACGCCAAAAUGUUUCCUAUAAGGGAUUUCUGGAAAAGGUAUAAGAGGAAGAUUUUAAUUACAGCUGGAGUUUUAGGAAGCGGGUAUUUUCUGUACCGACAAUAUGAUUAUUACAGUCGAAGGCUUCAUGAUAUUCAGAAAGAGUUGGAUAAUGAACGUGAAGCAGAUGAGCUCAUUAAAGCUCAAAUACAAGCUCAUUUUGAGAACAUUCAAAGAAUAGCUGAUACAACGACGUUGCCUCAUGCUUUACAACAUUUACAUAAUCGGAUAGAGGAAGAUUUGGAUCUUUCACACCUGACAGAGAGAUUAAUGAUGGGGAAGGGCGAGCCAAACACUUUGACAUUAGCUGAGAAACUUGAUUUAUGGGAAAGCCUCAAAAUACUAAGCUUCACAAAGAUGGUGAUAUCACUCUGGGCAAUAACUUUGUUAAGUUUGUACAUUAGAGUUCAAGUCAACAUCUUAGGAAGACAUAUGUACAUCGAUACUGCCCGUGGUCUUGGUAGCUCCCAGUUGCUUGAGGAGGCUGAUCUCAUCAAUAGAGAAGACCAACAGAAAUUUCUGGCCAUCUCUGAUUUUCUCUGUAAUUAUGGUCUGAAUGCCUUGAUUCCUAAACUGCAGGUCGCAGCCGGAGAAGUUCUCAAGAGAAAACAGUUGCGAGAUGUCUUUAAUACAACCGUACUUCGUGACACUACUACACAAAUAAUUAAAAUUUUCAUGAGCACAGGAAGUCCCCAUCAUUGGUUGGACUACUUGAUGCCUGGGGACAAUCAAUCUAAUAUUACAGACACGGUCUCCACUGACGACGAUGCAGCUGCCCGAAAUUUCAACAAGUUUGAUCAGCUCAUGAUGGAGACUAGAGCAGUACUGCUAAGUGCCGAGUUCGGGAAUGUCGUCGAGACAUCGUUAGAAGUGGGAGUCGAUGGAUUGAUGGAUGAAAUGGAGGCUUCAGUUGCUGGAGGCAGCAGCAGAACAUCAGGAAUACCCCUGGCUAGGCUUGUGCCAAGAGUGGCCCAGAUGGGGCUAUUGCUCCUUGAAGAUCCAAUAAAAAGUAGAUUCAUCAAAACGAUAAGAGGUAUACCAGAAGUGGAAAUCUUUUUUACUCUUCUUUAUGCAAACAUGCCUACCUCUUAGAAAGAAAGACCAUGGCAUGGCAUGGAUUGGAUUGGCUUGGCUUGCACAUUCUUGUCAUUUCAUUAGAUUCUGGUUUUGUUGUGGGGGUUACACAUCCAUAUAAGAAGUCUCUGGCUUCCUUUCUUCCUUCUGUCAGUUGAAAGGAGAGCUUAGGGUAAGAUAGUGACAAUUUAUUUGAUAAUAAUUUGAAAUUCUUUCAAUUUAAUGUU